GAAGUUGAGCUUCAAGAUGCAGAGUGAAAACACAACAAAGUGAGGUUAAUAAUCAGAGUGUUUUAUUUGCAUCAUUUUCUGUUCUUAUUUUCAUCUUCAAUCCCCCUCUGUAGUUCCCCUCUCCUCUGAAUCCCUUUCUGUUAUCAACUGUUUUCAAGCUCAAAGAUUGAUUUUUAAAGGAGAAAAAAAAAAAAAAAAACCAGAAGUGUGUUUUUGAAAGCAGAUGAUCCAGAAUAGAGAUCCAAGCGUUGUAAAAAUUUUUAGUUUUUCUUCCGUCAACUAAAAGGGUUAGUUUUUGUUCCCUUAAAGUUGGUUUUUAUUUUUAUUUUUAUAUUUGGUUUUGGUUUGUUUUUGUCUGUAUAAAACUGUUAUACCUGUUCUUUAGUUUUGAUAAGAAACAGGUUUAGUCAUGGCAGCAGCUAUAGAUUUUUAUAACAACACAACAUCAACAAAAAUCUUCUCAGAUCCAUUGAGGGAAGAGUUGAUGAAAGCACUUGAACCUUUCAUGAAAAGUGCUUCUUCUUCAUCUUCUUCGUCCCCGUCUUCUUUAUCUUAUGCUUCUUCUGAUACAGCUUGUAGCUUUUUGUCACCUGACUAUUGCUCCCCCUACUACUCAACUAACACGACUCACAUGUUUUCUCAAGGGUACAUGGGUUUUGAGCAACAAGUUGGUUCAAUUGGCCUCAACCACCUCACACCUUCACAAAUCCUCCAAAUUCAAUCCCAAAUCCACCUCCAACGGCAACAAAUCCACCAAUCUUCUUUACCCACACCAUCAUUUUACAACCAAAAGCACACCACCUAUCUCAGCCCAAAAGCUGUCCCCAUGAAACAUGUUGCCACUGCCAACACCACCGGCUCUUCCUCACCAAAACCCGCCAAACUCUACCGCGGCGUGAGGCAAAGGCACUGGGGCAAAUGGGUCGCCGAGAUCAGACUCCCCAAGAACCGCACCCGCCUCUGGCUCGGCACAUUUGACACUGCAGAAGAAGCCGCUUUGGCUUAUGACAGAGCCGCCUUCAAGCUCCGAGGAGAAUUCGCCAGGCUCAAUUUCCCCCACCUCAAUCACCAGGGAUCUCAUCUUUCCGGAGAGUUUGGCGACUACAAGCCUCUCCCUUCUUCUGUUGAUGCAAAACUCCAAGCUAUUUGCCAAAGUUUGGCCUUAAAUUCAUCACAAAAACAACACACUGUAAAAUCCUGUGAAAGCGAAACCGAAACGAAGCCGGUUGUUGUGGUUCCUCAAGCUCAGUCUUCAUCUCCGGAGUUUUCUUCCGACACUGCAGGCAGUUCAUCUCCUGAGUCCGAGAUUUCGUUCCUCGACUUCGAUGACACAAAGUGGGAACAUGAAAUGGAAAACUUUGGGUUGGAAAAAUACCCUUCAGUGGAGAUCGAUUGGGAAGCCAUUAGAAAGCUAUCAGAAUAAUCGUAUGUUUUUAGGGUCUUUCUUUUCCUUUUGUAGAGUCAAUAGUGGCUUCUGCAAUGAAUUUUUUAACUAUUGCAGAUUACGCUACUAUGUUAAUAUAUGUCAAAGCUUAUUGAAGCUCACUCUCCAUCUUGGUCGGCUGGUGUUUUUGCUUCCAUGCUUUGACCAUUGAGAGUUUUAAAGUUUUAAUUAUUAUGGUCGUGUAUCAGUAAUAAUUUCUCUCUUGUAAACAUUUUCAGCUUUGGACAUAUCAAUGAAUUAUUGUACUUUGUUUUGUA